AUGAACACUCGAAAGGGAGACUCCCAGGACCGGGCCAUCGUCAGAAUGGCAGCUCAUCUACCAGAUCUCAUUGUCUAUGGAAAUUUCUCCCUAGAGCGACCUUCUGUGGAUUAUUUUGAUGGAGUCUUGAUGUUUGUUGAUAUUUCAGGUUUUACUGCAAUGACCGAGAGGUUCAGCACAGCCAUGUACAUGGACCGAGGGGCCGAGCAGCUGGUGGAGAUCCUCAACCACUACAUCAGUGCCAUCGUGGAGAAAGUGUUGAUUUUUGGAGGAGACAUCAUAAAAUUUGCAGGCGACGCGCUGCUGGCCCUGUGGAAGGUGGAGCGAAAGUACCUGAAAGACAUUAUCACGGUGGUGAUUAAAUGUAGCCUGGAGAUCCAUGGAUUGUUUGAGACCCAGGAGUCUGAAGAAGGCCUGGAUGUCCGGGUCAAGAUAGGCCUGUCUGCCGGUCACAUCACCAUGUUGGUCUUUGGAGACGAAACACGCAACUACUUUCUGGUGAUGGGCCAGGCAGUGGACGAUGUGCGCCUUGCACAGAACAUGGCGCAGAUGAACGACGUCAUUCUGUCACCAAACUGCUGGCAGCUCUGUGACCGGAGCAUGAUUGAAAUUGAGAGGAUUCCAGACCGGAGAGCAGUUAAGGUGAAUUUCUUAAAACCACCCCCUGCUUUUAACUUUGAUAAGUUUUUCACAAAGUGUAUGACUUUCCUGGAUUAUUAUCCUUCUGGUGACCACAAAAACCUCCUGAGGCUUGCAUGCACGCUGGAGUCAGAUCCCGAACUGGAGUUGUCCCUACAAAAGUAUGUGAUGGAGAGCAUAUUUAAGCAGAUUGUUGACAAACAGCUUCCUGGUUAUUUGUCUGAGCUUCGCCCAGUGACAAUUAUGUUUGUAAACCUAUUGUUUAAGGACCGAGAAAAAGCAGAAGUCAUAGGCACAGCCAUUCAGGACGCCUGUGUGCACAUCAAUUCUGUCCUGAGGGUCUUCCGAGGCCAAAUCAAUAAAGUCUUCAUGUUUGACAAGGGCUGCUCCUUUCUCUGUGUCUUUGGUUUCCCUGGGGAAAAGGCACCUGACGAAUUCGCUCAUGCCUUGGAAAGUGCCAUGGAUAUAUUCAGCUUCUGCUCUCAGGUCCACAAAAUCCAUACUGUUUCCAUCGGCGUGACCAGCGGCAUUGUCUUCUGUGGAAUCGUCGGACACUCUGUGAGACAUGAGUACACAGUAAUCGGUCAAAAAGUCAACAUAGCAGCCAGGAUGAUGAUGUACUACCCGGGAAUCGUGACCUGUGACUCUGUCACCUACAACGGCAGCAACCUACCAACCUACUUUUUCAAAGAGCUUCCAAAGAAAGUCAUGAAAGGUGUUGCAGAUUCUGGACCAGUCUAUCAGUGUUUGGGCCUUAAUGAGAAAGUCAUGUUUGGUAUGGCAUAUCUCAGCGGCAACAGAAAUCAGGAUUACCUUUUGCUGGGACGUGAUAAGGAGAUCAAAAUCUUCAUGUGUACUAUGAAGGAAUUUUUGAUGUGCAACUGCAGCCGAGUCCUAAUGUACGAGGGGUCAUCAGGAUGUGGAAAAAGCCAGAUACUGACGGAAAUUGAGUUCCUGGCCCAAGGUGAGAAUCACAGGACUAUUGCUAUUGCAUUGACUAAGGUCAGCUUCCAGCAAAAUUUUUAUACCAUCCAGAUACUCAUGGCCAGUGUGCUAGGUCUGGAUACUUGUAAACAUUAUAAAGAACGACAGACCAACCUCCAGAAUAAAGUCAAGAUGCUGUUGGAUGAAAAGUUCCACUGUCUUCUUAACGACAUUUUCUACGUCCAGUUCCCUAUUUCAAGAGAGUUCUCCAAGAUGAGCACCUUGAGAAAGCGAAAGCUGUUGGAAGCAUUGUUUAUGAAGAUCUUGGAGCAAACAGUGAAAGAGGAAAGGAUUAUUUUUAUCAUCGAUGAGGGCCAGUUUAUUGAUGCAGCCUCCUGGGCCUUUAUGGAGAAGCUUGUCCGCACUCUUCCUGUGUUCAUCAUCAUGUCCCUGUCUCCCUUCGUUGGCUUACCCUGUUCAGGGGCCAGUGCCAUAAUGAAGAACAGGAACACCACCUACGUCACCCUGGGCGCCAUGCAGCCUAAGGACAUCCGAAACAAGGUCUGCGUAGACCUCAGUGUCAGGGGCAUCUCCAAAGAGCUGGACUCGUACCUGGUGGAGGGGAGCUGUGGGAUUCCAUUCUACUGUGAAGAAUUGCUAAAAAACCUCGAUCAACACAGGGUGCUCAUUUUCCAGCCAGUCGAGUCCGAGGAAAAGGCAAAUGUGACCUGGAACAACCUGUUCAAGAAUUUUGCUAAGCCAACAGAGGAAUUAAAAAUGUUCACUCUCAGUAAUGAGGAGGAAAGUGAAGAAUUCUGUAACCUCGCAGGUGGUGUCAGACUGAAAAACUUGUCACCACCAGCAUCAUUAAAAGAAAUCUCUCUGGUUCAGCUGGAUAGCAUGAGCCUUUCCCACCAGAUGUUAGUGAGAUGUGCGGCCAUCAUUGGCCAGACCUUCACUACAGAGUUGUUGUUUGAGAUUCUCCCUUGUUGGAACAUGAAGAUGAUGAUCAAGGCCCUGGCGACUCUAGUGGAAUCCAACAUCUUUGAUUGUUUCCGGAAUGGCAAGGAGCUCCGAAUGGCUCUGAAACAGAACACGGCCUCGUUUGUGGUGAAUUAUCGCUCCCUGUCUCUGAAGCCCAGUGAAGGAAUGGCUCAUGGAGAGGAGGAAGAGCUUCGUGAGCUGGAAAGCGAGGUGAUCGAGUGUCACAUCAUUCGAUUCUGCAAGCCUAUUAUGCAGAAAACAGCCUAUGAGCUGUGGCUGAAGGACCAGAAGAAAGCCAUGCACUUGAAAUGUGCCCGCUUUUUAGAAGAAAAUGCUCACAGGUGUGACCACUGCCGAAGUGGUGACUUCAUUCCGUAUCACCACUUCACGGUGGACAUCCGGCUCAACACUCUGGACCUGGGCACCAUUAAGAAGAUGGCGAAGUCCCAUGGAUUUCAAACUGAAGAAGAGAUCAGCUUUUCCAAAAUAGAGAUUCCUAAGAAAUCCGCGAUAUUUCCUGAAAGUCUCAGUUCUGAAGAAAUAAGAGAAAAGAUCUUGAGUUUCCUUGACAUCAUUAUACUAAAAAUGAAGACGUCUGAGGAAGACAUCAUCCCCCUGGAAUCUUGCCAGUGUGAGGAAAUCCUUGAGAUCGUCAUCAUACCUCUGGCCAACCAUUUUCUGGCUUUGGGAGAAAACAACAAAGCUUUAUAUUACUUCCUAGAAAUCGCCUCUGCGCAUCUCCUCUUAGGUGAUAAUUACAUGGCAUACGUGUAUCUGAAUGAGGGAGAGACGCUGCUAAAAACUCUCAAUAAGGAAAAGUCUUGGAAUCAGACUUUUGAGUCUGCCACCUUUUACAGCCUCAAAGGUCAGGUCUGCUUCAACAUGGGCCAGAUGGUGCUUGCCAAGAAAAUGCUGAGGAAGGCCCUGAAGCUCCUCAACCGAAUCUUUCCUGACAACGUCAUCUCCUUGUUUCUCCAGACCCACGUCGAGAAAAACAGACACUUUCGUUAUGUGAAUCAGCAGGCCCAAGAGAGCUCGCCUCCAGGGAAGAAGAGACUGGCGCAGCUUUACCGGCAAUCCGUCUGCUUCUCCUUGCUGUGGCGGAUCUAUAGCUUAAAUUAUUUUUUUCACUACAAGUAUUACAGCCAGCUGGCAGCUAUGAUGCAAGUGAACACCGCCCUGGAAACUCAAGAUGAUUUCCAGAUCAUUAAGGCCUACCUGGACUAUUCGCUGCACUACCAGCUGACUGGCUACCAGGGUGUGUGGUUCAAGUACGAAGUCAUGGCCAUGGAGCAGAUCUUCAACCUCCCCCUGAAGGGCGAGGGCAUUGAAAUGGUGACAUAUGUGGCUGAUACACUGGGCUACAUCAAGCUCAUAAUGGGCCACUUGGACUUGGCCUAUGACUUAGGCUCUCGAGCCCACAAGAUGUGGGCACUGCUCCGGAAUCCCAACAGACACUAUAUAGUCCUCUGCUGGCUUAGCAAAUGUCUCCUCUUGAAAACCAGACACAAGCAGCUGGUGCAGGUGCUGGGGUCGCUGUGGGAUCUUUCUAUAGCAGAAGAGCACAUCUUCAGCAAGGCGUUUUUCUAUUUUGUCUGCCUGGACAUCAUGCUUUAUUCUGGCUUUGUUUAUAGGCCAUUUGAAGAAUGUUUGGAAUUCAUACACCAAAACGAAGACCAUUGGAUCCUCAAGUUCCAGAGUGGAAUGCUCCUGGGACUUUAUUCGUGCAUAGCUGUCUGGUAUGCCAGACUUCAGGAAUGGCAGAACUUUCACAUGUUCUCCAAUAGAGCUAAAAAUCUAGUGCCAAGAAGAACCCCGACAGCUCUGUACUGUGAAGGAAUCACUAGAUACAUGGAGGGGCAAGUUCUCUACCUGCAGAAGCAAAUUGAAGAACAGUCUGAGAACGCUCAAGACAGUGGCGUUGAGCUACUCAAGAACCUGGAGAAUCUGGUGGCUCAAAGUACCACUGGCCCCGUCUUCUACCCGAGGCUAUACCACCUGAUGGCAUACGUCUGUAUACUCAUGGGAGACGGGCAGAACUGCGACCUCUUCCUGAACACGGCCUUACAACUCUCUGACACACAGGGGAACGUGCUGGAGAAGUGCUGGCUGAACAUGAGUAAAGAAUGGUGGUACUCGAGCUCCGAGUUCAUGGAAGAUCAAUGGCUUCAAACGGUCUUGAGUCUCCCAUCAUGGGAAAAAAUUGUUUCAGGCAAAGUAAACAUGCAAGAUAUCCAAAAAAACAAAUUCCUAAUGAGAGUUAACAUCCUGGACAAUCCUUUCUAACAUUUCAUGGAAGAGAAUAAAGAUUUUAGUAAGACUCAUUCUCCUGUGACCAUCUGUCAUCAACCAUUCUCUGUAGCCAGCGCCCUCCAGGUUCCUACAUGGUCUCUUCUGUUCCAGACACAGAACCAGAUGUGCUGGUUUCUUCUCUUUCUGGAGGGUCACACAAGGUUGGCAGUGUCCUGCUUUACUUUCUCCAACUUUGCACAAAUUGCCUUUGCCUUUCAAUG